GAAUCUAGUGCCCUGCAGCGCUGCAGUCUUGUCCAAUUACAGAGAUAGCUCUUCGGCGCAUAAUGGGAAUUGUCAUGAACAUCACCGAUGCGUAUAUUUGGCUUAGUGGGCUAGUCUCAGGUUAUCUCUUAUCGAGCUUCUGUGCAAUUCUGUCAAACAAAAACUCGUAUAGCUACUAACCAUAUUAGCUGCCCUGCAAGUCUUCAAGCUUCAAAGCUUCAACGCCCGCUGCAUGCGAUUCAUGGACACUUGCCACCGCUUGUCCGCUCUCCGGUUACAGCCUGUCAUAAUAUAUAUGACGGGUCCAACAAUCAUCUCAUGUGGAUUUAGACUUCACUCCGAACUUGACCACCCCUUUUUCAGCAUAGGUUCCUAAUUUCUGCGGCUUCUUGAGAUCUCACAAACUAACGCCGCCGCCCCUUGCAUGCGGAUGUCUCUCAGAAUUUCUGCGGCACCGACUCGCAUACAUAGAGUAUCUGCCUACUGUGAACUGUUUUCAGAUAACUUUUGGUUACAAACACUCGAUAUCGCAGCUGUAUCACAGGUACACAACCUCCAAUGUGAAGUACCCUCGUUUCAUAUGCUACUCUAACCUUCCUCGUCGGCACGUGGUACCCUGACUGACAUAGUAUUCACAUUUCAAUAUCAUCUCAUUGCAUCCAUGGCCUAUCAGUCACCGCCGAGUUCAAGAGUCGCAUGCAGAGGCUCCGCAUCGGAAAGUAUGCCUCCCCGUAUAAAUACAAGUCUUAGCACCUCAGUUCAGUAUCAGUUUCACCGCCCACCAUGAUUUACUCCUUAGCUCACUCUCUCACUCUGACAGUGGCCUUUCUGGUCCCUGCUAUCUCUGCCCACAUCGCUUUCUGGCAUCCCAGCAUGUGGGGUUUCAACGUGACCCAGCAGACCUUUCCGUACGAUAACAGGCCUGUCGCCCCUCUUGCCGGACUGACCUUUGAUCAAUGGUGGUUCCAUGGCCAUCUCGACUAUCCUCCUCACCCGCACGAUGUCUUUGAGUUACCAGCCGGUCAGCCUGUAAUCGCAGAGCUUGGUUGCAACAAGGGUGCUACGACUUGGUACAACUCCUCUGAAGGAGGCGAUGUGCGUCAGGGAGACUGGCCCUGCCCUAAAUCUCCCUCAUCGCAGUUCCACACCACAGGCAUCAACGACGUCAAGGGCUGCGCACUUGCUAUUGUGCAACAGUCCGACGUCAGUCAGAUCAACCCCGAGGACUUCGUUGUAUUCAGUGUGAAUCAAACGUGUGUUUGGCACAGAUUUACUACCUUUGAUGUCCCGGUCAAUAUGCCUUCGUGCCCUGAUGGUAUGUGCACCUGUGCUUGGUUCUGGAUCCAUUCCCCGGACAGCGGCUCCGAGCAGAUGUAUAUGAAUAGCUUCCAAUGCAACGUCGUCGGUGCCAAGCCGGAUGCCCCCGCUCUAGCAAAACCACAGGUGGCUAGGCGGUGUGGGGCAGAUCCCGCUCACGGUGUAAACGAAGCCACUCCCGGCAACUGCACAUCUGGUGCAAAACAGCCCCUUUACUGGUUCCAGCAAGAGCGGAACAAUAUGUUCGAAGGGACAUACGCUCCACCCUUUUAUAACGACCUUUACGACUUCAAGAAUGGUGCACAGAAUGAUAUAUUCGUCCAGCCUGCGUAAUGAGGACAAGUUCGUGUCCAGUUUUCGUUUAUUAUUACAUCUUUAGCGUGGAUUUCGAUUUCUUGAGUGGCACUGCGGUUUGCAAUCAGUGCAAAUGACAACUGGUUAACCGAGAUUCUCACAUCUCUUUCUAUCUUCUACAUCUAGACAAAGCUAUCCUGUAUUUUCGCCAUGAAAUGAAUUAUCACAAGUAUUGUCUCUUAUAACCACAAGUCCUUUCCCUCUCGUGGCUACAUAGUAUACAAGCGCGUAAAGUCCUAUUCCUUUUCCAAUUCUUUUUCUUCCUCCUUUUCCAGGCACUGCAACAACCUUAUCAUCGACGCCUGCUGAUCCACCUGUAUAGGCCCUUUCAUCCACGUAAGAGAUCGUCGUAUGUCCUCCUUCAGCUGUUCUGUGAUGCGAUCUUGAGACCGCGACAUCAAGACGAUAGUGCACUCCGUAAUGGGGUGCGCAAUCGCAAGCAUACUCUGUACAUCCGAACCCAGGAACCCCAAGCCAAACAGGAUGUACCUCCAUGCAUUAUGCACAAGUAGCCACAUAACGCUGUCAUCUAAACCUAUUGCGUAGCCACUACCAGCUAUGUGGAAGAUCGCCACCAAGUACGCCGAUUGUUGUUCCGUUAGCAUAGAGCUUUGUUCGGCGUGCUGCAACGCGAGGGCAAGGGCAUUGCAUCGCUCAAAAUGGCCGUCGUUGGACAGGUGGAUGCGCCAUUGGUCGUGGCGAGCAAAAGCAUACACGAUAUGGAGGUAAUGUAGGUCUCGCCAGCCGUAUAGAAAGUCGUCGGGUGGAGAUAGGUUGUCUGUUUUUGAGGGAAAAGCCGCCGAACAAAGACCAGAAGAUAGAGCAGCAAGCAUGGGCGUGUCAGUUACAUACUCGGACAACAUCUCCUUGACCUCGUGAAUAACCUUCAUAGCGGCAUGGCGAACUCGAAUAGGCAUGUCUGGACUCAUCGCCCAUAUAAUCGUAUCCAGAAACCCAGGGUGUCUGAGAUGGUCGCAAAGGUCGGGGAGUACGCUGAACGUGAGAAGAGCAUCCGCGAUAGCGACCUCGUCGAAAGGGUCUCUGAAAUGUGCCAAGAAGUCGAACAACCAUGUAGAAUCCAGUUGACCAGCAAACUUGGACUUUAGGGCAUCUAUACGCCACAUCCGUUCGAUAGCAUCGGACCUGGGAAAUUUGUUCUCGCUAGUGACUAUGGCGUAGUGCAAUGUUGUUCGGGCGUAGAUCCAUAUAUCGCUAGUCGACAAGGCUAAGCCAUGCUCUUCUAUAGAAGCAGAAAGACCUGGUCUGAGGGCGAGUUUCACUAGCAUUCCGGAUAAUCGGAGAUACCGAGCGGGUGUAUGGGGACCAAAGAAAA